CCAAACAUGGUGGAAACAAUUGAGGUCUGUUGGGUGGCUGCUGCAGUACCGGAUCAUGAUCAUCAUGAUCUUUAUGAUCAUCAUGAUCUUUAUGAUCUUUCGUCCACUAGAACUUCAGUUCCAAAGUCCCUUCCUCUCACUUUCUUUGACUUACGCUGGUCACGUUUAGGCAUUCCUUUACACCUCUACUUCUAUGAAAUGUCAGCCCCGGAGGACUUCUUCCACACCAAUAUCGUUCCAAGACUCAAACAUUCUCUGUCUCUUACCCUCGGCCACCACUUCCUUCCUAUGGCCGGAACACUCACUUGGCCUCUAGGAUCCCCCAAGCCCGUCCUCACUUAUGCCCCGGGCGACGCGGUUUCGCUCACCGUGGCCCGGUCCAAUGCUGAUUUCUCUCUUCUCAGCGACACUGAUAACGUCAUUUGCGACGCUCCAAUGUGCCAUCCUCUGGUUGCUGACUUGCCAGCAUCCCGUGAAAGAUUAGCGGUUAUAGCAAUUCAGCUCACCGUGUUUCCCAACUGCGGGUUUACGAUUGGGAUCACGUUGAAUCAUGUGAUCCUCGACGCAAAAAGUUUCGUCAUGUUUAUGAAAUCAUGGGCCCGCAUAUGCGGAUCACUUGGAGUUGGAAUACUAGAUGGUGUUCGUGAUGAUCUGCAAUCUCGCAUAUGCUUGCCAGCGGAUCUAGAACCAUUCUACGACAGAGGCCUUAUCAUGGAUCCUGCAAAUCUUGAAGCCGUCUUCUCAAACCACUUGCUGAAUUCUGAUGGACCACAAAACAGAAGUUUACGGCCGCCUCUCGAACGUCGACUUCCGCCGGAUUCAUUUCAAGGGACUUUCCAAUUUCCGCGAGAGAAAUUAGAAAAGUUCAGGCGAUUGUUAAAGGUAAAAAUUAAAAAUGAACGACAAUAUGGACAUCCAGUUCAUCUGUCCACAUUUUCUCUAACAUGUGCGUAUACAUGGGUUUGUUUAGUCAAGGCAGAAGGAAUUAAAGACAGCCAAGUCGUUCUAUUAUUCCCAGUGGAUUGUAGGUCUCGGUUAGAGCCUCCUCUUCCCCAAACAUAUUUCGGAAACUGCAUCGCCACUGGAUAUGCAGUCGCCGAAAGCGAGUUGUUAUUAGGAAAAGAAGGGCUUUUCGUAGCGGUAAAGGCCAUUAGCGACGCAAUAAAAAGUAUCAACGACGGAGUUCUUGACGGAGCAAAGAAUUGGGUUUCGGGAUCACCGGUGUAUAAUAUUACUACUACGUCAAGACUUGGAGGAUUAUACACUACUGCAUCGUCUCAUCAUCUUGGGUACUACAAUACUGAUUUUGGAUGGGGAAAACCGAAAAAAAUGAACCUCGUCUUUAAGUAUAUAACAGGAAUUAUUUGUUUUUCGGACCGUAGAAAUGGGGAUGGAGGGGUUGAGAUUGGGUUGAUUUUGAAGAAACCUCACAUGGAAGCUUUCGCUUCCUUAUUUGUUGAAGGUCUUAAUCUCAUUGAAUUGGCCUUGAAUUCUAUGUCAAGAAUUCACCUCCGCCUUUAAGACAAGAAAGGAGCUUCAAGAGAUCA